GGAGCUUUUCCGAGCACAACCGAGAGUUGCCAGUGGUCAUUUCCUUUUUUGGCAGAAAAGUGAUUAUAGUGCUAAGUGCGCUAAUUGCUCGAUCGAGCGCAUAGCUCAUCCCUGUAUAUAGGUCUCUGGAGGCAAAUGUGCGUGCUUAUCACAAGUUCCCGAACACCCGCAGUGCAAAUUGAUGUAAAUGCGUGAAAACUUAUGCCCAUCAGCGAGUCAGCCGAAAGUAAUAACAUUUUCAGAGUCAAAACCAAACAAUGACAGCUGAUUCCAGUGCACGUAAUGUUUUUCGAAAGAACGGCGUUGCCGGCUUGGGCAACAACGGUCAUGGCCGGAAUCUUAUUACGACCGCCAAUCCAUCCGGAGGGAGUAGCGCCUCGCUGCUCCAGAAGCAGUUGUCCUUCAAAACGCCCGUUGGCUCCAAGCAGAUGGGUAAAUCCGAUGAGAUCGAAAUGAUCGACAGUGCGAACAUCGAAAACUUCAAUACGCGGUAUAAUAAGAACAGCAUCAUAGGAUGGAUAUGCUGUGCCCCGUGCAUUUGGCUGCGCACCUCGGCAGCAGUGCACAAAAUGGCCAUCACAUCAGCCACCUUGUUGGUGACCACAUUGCUGGUAGCAUCUCCCAUAUUGUUUUUGAUAAGCACGGCACCCUCACCUCUGCCCAGAGAUUGCUACAUGGACGGAGAUCGGUGCUCGCCCGCCGUUUCGGCACCGCCGGAAUGCUCGGAUCCCAUCUGCGAGGCGGUGGCCUCCAGCAUUCAGGCCAGGCUCAAUUGGAACAAGGACCCGUGCACGGAGUUCAAGAAGUUUAGCUGUUGGCGCAACACGCCCAAUAAAAAUAUAACAAACCUCAUCGAAAUGGGCAACUCCCAGAAGAGCGUCGAUGCACAAAUGCUGUAUCUGUUCCAGAAUAAGAUUAUGAACGGCAGCUUUGGUAUAUUGCACAAUUUGUUCGAUAGCUGCUUGCAGCAGACAACUAACUCAACUGUAAUGCACAGGAUAUUCGAUUCCCUAGGCGGAUAUCUACCUGUUGGUUCGGUGGGACCAUCGAGUAUAGCACCCUUAAUAGCCAAGAUCUAUGAUCUCGGUCCCAGCCCGUUGGUAGACUUAUAUUAUGACCUCAGCUACGGAAGGCGGCCGCACAUCCUACUUAUUAUUAGUGGACCCAGCACUUCGUCAACUAUUCUUGAGCGAAAAAUACGUUGGAUGAGUCCGAAAGCACCGCCUAGUCGUAUUCGACAAGGGGUACCAAUACUGUUAGCCGAUCUAAUCGAGAAUUUCCUACCACACUUUGUGUCAUAUGCUCAAAGAGUCUCUGAGAAGGACACCAUUUUUGAAUUUAUAAAGGACCUAAACAAGCUCCAAGUUGAGCACUCUCGCCGAGGAUUCUGGGACAGCACUGUUUUAUAUAAUGUAUCCAGUCUACAAGACUUGUACCCAGUUUUAAAUUGGACUUUGCUUAUACCACGGAACUGGAGCGGACCCAUCGUUGUUAGGAAUAGUGAUUAUCUGAAAGCCUUAGAAUAUUUUCUCACCAAAUACCCAACUAGAGUUGCACAUAAUUCGCUGUUAUUGCUAAGUGCUUUACAAAUAUUGCCACGGGACUAUCCAAGUCCUGAAGUUUGCACGCGAUCUACCAUGUGGGCUAUGCCCGAAUUGUCAUCAGCUCUAUAUAUUGCUCAACACUCAUCCGAAGACCUAAAGGACACCACAAAACGAGCUGAGAUCAUAUUUAAGUCAUUGAAAGCGCACUUGAAGAGAGCACCUUCUUUGAAAGGAGCUGCCCUUGUGAAGCUAUCGGCAUUGAAGAUCCAAUCACAGACCUGGGAGGGAUUCUCAAACACAACCGACCUACUGAAGAGUCUUCAACCUCUGGAUAUUACGUCCGAAUGCUGGUUUCAAAACAUUUUGGAGAUAUACAAAAAGAACAAACUGGAGCCGAAUGAUAUAAGUUUGAACGGAGGCUCCCAUGAUGCUUGGGCAUACCCCAUUGUGUCGACUAUUUUCUAUGAUACGCUGAGCCAUUCAAUCGUUGUCCCAUUAUCUGUCAUACUCAUACCGUACUUUGAUGCUGUAUUGCCUCCAUAUUUGCACUAUGCUUCCGUUGGUGUUUCCAUUGCCAAAGAGAUUUUGCGAUCCAUCACAAAAUCGUUUGACGAAAAGGCAAUGCGCUGUGUGCCGCAUUCUGUAAAUAUAUUCUCGAACUAUAGCCGAAUGGACAUACUGAUACACUCGGGAGGAAUGCAGAUUUCAUACCACUCCAUGCUUUCCCUAACUGGUCCCAUCAAGGGAAUGGCCAGACUACCUGGCCUGAACUUAACGCCCACACAAAUCUUCUUUUUAGUUUCCGCCCAGGAACUUUGUGCUGAAUCGAACUACUUGGGCAUCGAUACGAAUGCUCCCGAAUUCGAUAAUAUAUUGGGUUGGCUCGUUGCCCAGGGUGGGAGUGCGACUGAAGUUUUCAAAUGUCCAUCGGGAUCUAUGAUCAAUGUACAGAAGACCUGCAAUGUGCUUUAAAUAUUAUUUCACCGUCAACUUAGACUAUCUACUUUGUCUACGAUCCGAAUUGAGUUUAGAAUUAGUAGCUUUAGAGACUU